AUGCAGCUAGUCAUGAUGUUAAUCACAAAGAUUCUCAAGAAAACAACUGGUGAAGAUAAUAAGAAGACAGAAAUGUUUAUGACGGCUAAUCGAACGGUCCGAACUGGACUAACAGCAUCAGCUGUUAUCUCUUCCUGGCUAUGGUCAACUGCCCUCCUUGGCUCAUCGUAUGUGGGCUAUGACUAUGGUGUUGCCGGACCAUUUUGGUUCGCUGCGGGUUGUAGUCCAAUGAUUGUUUUCUUUUCUCUUUUGGGAAUUUCUUGCAAGAGGAAGAUUCCGGAGGCUCAUACCUCCCUUGAAGUGGUCAGAAUCCGCUAUGGGCGAGCCGCUCAUAUCGUCUUCAUUAUCCUUUGCCUGAUCAACAACAUCUUUGCAUGUGCUAACAUGCUGCUCGGUGCUGCUGCUGUCAUCACUGCGAUCUUUUUGACUGACUAUUUUCAUACUGCAACAAUUCUGAUCAUCGCCUGCUACUUCACUGCGAAGGCUUUCUCUGAUGACCAGGUUGGCUCUAUUGGCAACUUAUAUGAUCUUCUCAGAGCCGCGGCUGAGCGACACCCUGUGUCUGGAAAUCAAUCUGGAACUUAUCUGACCAUGACAUCAAAGAGUGGAAUUCUGUUUGGGAUUUUGCACACACUGGGCAACUUUGGCCUUGUCAUCAUGGACACGAGCUACUUCAUCAAAGCAUUCUCGGCCUCCCCUGCAGCGGUGGUUCCUGGAUACACCAUUGGUGGCAUUGCAUAUUUUGCGAUCCCAUGGGCCUUGGGAACGGUGAUGAGCUCCGUCGCUCUAGGACUCGAGAAUCAACCGAAUUUCCCUACAUAUCCUCGGAGAAUGUCAACAUCUGAGGUGAGUAAUGGACUUGUACUGCCAUAUGCUGCAAUGACAAUUGCAGGAAAGGGUGGUGCGGCAGCCUCUCUUCUUAUCACCUUUAUGGCCUGCACAUCCACUCUAUCAGCCCAAGUGAUUGCAGUCAGCUCAAUUCUGAGCUUUGACGUAUAUCGCGAAUAUUUCAAGAAAUCUGCGAUCGACCGAGAUUUAAUCCGGUCUAGUCAUUUUGGGGUGAUCUUCUUUGCGGCAUUUUCUGCUGGCUUCAGCACAAUGCUCCAUUAUGCUGGUAUUGACCUUGGAUGGACGCUGUACAUGCUGGGAGUCGUCACUUGUCCUGGCAUUUUCCCAAUGAUCUUCACCAUUCUUUGGCGUAAUCAAAGCAAGGCAGCCGCCAUUAUAUCCCCAAUUUUAGGAAUGGCCACUGGAGUGGCAGUAUGGCUCGGGACAGCCUCUCACUUCGGUGGCGAAGUGACAGUUGCAACAACUGGUGAUGUCCUUCCUUGCAUGUACGGCACAGUGGCAUCUUGUUUUUCACCUAUCAUAUACUCGGUUCUCAUCACUCUGGUCAAGCCUCAGCACUAUGACUGGAAUGAUUUCAAGAAAGAAAAGUUGGCACUUGAGAAGCUCGAGAAUGACUUGACCACGGCUCAUCAUCACGAGACGCCGACUGGAGCUGAUGACAGUGGGCUUGAGGAUGGCGGCGUGCGAAAUGUGACACUUGAUGCCAAUGAGCUUAAAAGAUGGGGCCGAAUCGCCGCGUUCUGGUCUAUUGCCACUUUCUUGGGUCAUUGGGUCUUGUGGCCUUUGCCAAUCUAUGGAUCUCGUUACGUUUUUGGGAAGAAGGCAAGUCUAUGCACAUAUGAAUGA